GCGGUCGAUUUGGACGUGCAGAGCGGACCGUUUUCGUUACCGUUUCCGAGUGUUAGGGCCGCCGCGUAUGAUUUCGCGUAUUUUUUCUGGAUUACAAUAUACUGCCAGGGGCCAGCAAUAAUAAACAAAAAUAAAUUGCGGUGAAUCGGUGUCGUCACUCAUAAAAAUACAAAUAAAGUGUUUUUUUAUGAAAUAAAUGAAUACAAAGUGACCGAAAGUGUUAGUCAUACUCGUACCACAAAUUGAUGUGCUAAAUGCAAAAUGCAAAUUCAACGCCGCUCAUCAUCUCUCGCCGAGCCCAACAAGUUGCCAAGAUGUGGCCGAGGAAGCCAAUAAGUGCACAUAUCGUAUAAAUAGAUGCAGAUACUCGCCGUGGAAAUACGCGAAAACAGAAAGGAUUACACUAGACAAAAAAAACAAAACAAACAAACAAAGCAAAGCUAAAAGCCCACUAAGAAAUAGCGAAAACACUUUUCAUUGCCAACACGCGCAAAAACACAAACACAAACGCCCGCGCCCCCGCCCCCAUAGCGAAAACAAAGACAAACCAAAGAAAAGAAAAUCCCCAAAGGGAGUACCUUUCAACAGCAGAGUAGAUCGUCAGAUACUCUUCGAUCAUGCUGGCAGUCAAGAACUUUUUCCUGCCCGAGCGCACCAAGGCCCCCGAGACGCCGCAGCGGUUCUCCAGGAUGCCCGAAGCCUUUCUUCGCUCCAUCAGGAGACGCUCUCUGAGGGUGAAGCGGGCCAAGAGCUUGGUGGUUCCCGACCGCUCCGAGAAACGCAAAUCAGAUUCAUUCGUCAACAGCCAGGAAUGGACGAUCUCGAGAUCGGUGCCCGAUCUGAGGCUGGGAAUCGUCGGCUCCCUGAACUCUGGGAAGUCGGCGCUGGUCCAUCGCUACCUCACCGGCUCCUACAUGCAGGAGGAAUCGCCCGAGGGCGGUCGCUUCAAGAAGGAGGUCUUCAUCGAUGGCCAGAGCUACUUGCUGCUCAUACGCGACGAGGGUGGAGCUCCAGAAAUGCAGUUCGCUGGCUGGGUGGAUGCGGUAAUCUUUGUAUUCAGCCUGGAGAACGAGGGCAGCUUCAAUACCGUCUACAAUUACUACACGAAAAUGGCGCAUUUUCGGAACGGACAGGACAUACCCAUGAUACUGGUGGGGACGCAAGAUUCCAUCAGUGAGCGCAAUCCGCGUGUGAUUGACGACACCCGCGCCAGGAAGUUGGCCAGCGAUCUGAAGCGCUGCUCCUACUACGAGACCUGCGCUACCUACGGCCUGAACGUGGAGCGCGUCUUUCAAGACGCCUGCCAGAAGAUUCUGUCGCAACGCCUGCCGCUGCCGCCGUCAGUGCAGCCGCCCAGGCCCACAACCCCGCAAGGAAGUCGCCUCGGACUGGCACCCUACCAGGCGCCCACCAACGGACAGCACGGCCAACACGGCCAACACGGACAACACGGACAACACGGACAACACGGACAACAUGGACAACACGCACACCAUGGAAUGCACGGACAACGGGGACAGCAGCAGCAGCAGCUGCCGCUGCGGAUGAGCGCGGACUUUGCUCAGGCGGAGCAGAAGCUGUGGUCCCUGCAGGCGAGCAGCUCGUCCUCGGCCUCCUGCACGACGGUGGCGACCAACGAGAACAACAACGUUACCAAAUACAAUCCUGGAGCUGCGGUCAGCUCACUGCAGGGCGACUGCUCCCAGGUGCAGCUGCGAGAUCCACGCGACCUGGCACCGCCGCCCGGAAAGGAGCUGCCGACGCCCACCUCGACGCCCACGACGAGUCGCAAGAGCCGGCGACGCUCGAACCUGUUCAUUCCCUCCUCGUCGAAGAAGGCCGACAAGGACAAGGAGCCGAAGGGCAGCGAGCUGGGCAGCGGCCGCUCCAUUCCCAUCAAACAGGGCUAUCUCUACAAGCGCUCCAGCAAGUCGCUGAACAAGGAGUGGAAGAAGAAGUACGUGACGCUGUGCGACGACGGCCGGCUCACGUACCACCCAUCGCUGCACGACUACAUGGACGACGUGCACGGCAAGGAGAUUCCGCUGCAGUACGUGACGGUGAAGGUGCCGGGCCAGAAGCCGCGCGGCUCCAAGUCCAUCAUCACAAACAGUGCGCUGACCAGCUCGCUCCUGGCCAACGGCCAGAGGGCACAGAACACGCUGAGCGACGGCAUUGGCUGCCUCACCCUGGCCAAGGACAAUCAGCGCAAGCUGAGCGAAAAGCUCUCCCUCUUGGGGGCUGGAUCGGGAGCUGCUGCCGGCGGAACGGAGCCCCUCAAGUCGAACAGCUCACAGCAGACGAGCGGGGACGAGGGCAUAGCCAUGUCCAACUCCAACUCGCAGACCUUUAUUGCUGGAGAGGCUGCGGCAACGGCCACGGCCACGGCCAGCAAGCUGGAGGCCCAGACGCCGAAUGUGAAGAAGCGACACCGCCGCAUGAAGAGCAGCAGCGUGAAGGCGAGCGAGGCGGACGACAACGACGGCUACGAGUUCUACAUCGUCUCGCUGGACUCCAAGCAGUGGCACUUCGAGGCAGCCAACUCGGAGGAGCGCGACGAGUGGGUGGCCGCCGUGGAGCAGGAGAUCUUCAAGAGCCUGCAGAGCAUCGAGAGCAGCAAGACCAAGCAGGCCACCAGCACAGAUCUGGCUGCCAUGCUAGCCAUACGUCAGCGGGUGCCGGGCAACGGACACUGCGUCGACUGUGGAGCGCCAAAUCCCGAAUGGGCCAGCCUCAACCUGGGCGUGCUCAUGUGCAUCGAGUGCUCGGGCAUUCAUCGCAACCUUGGCUCGCACAUAUCCAAGGUUCGCUCCCUGGGCUUGGACGACUGGCCAUCACCCCAUCUCAGUGUGAUGCUGGCCAUCGGCAACAGUCUGGCCAACUCCGUCUGGGAGUCGAACACCAGACAACGGGCCAAGCCGACGGCGCAGGCCAGUCGCGAGGAGAAGGAGCGAUGGAUACGCAGCAAGUACGAGGCCAAGGAGUUCCUCACAUCCCUCGGCAGUGGCUCAUCGGCGCACCCAAGUCCCAGCCCGGGACAGCAGCUGAUUGAGGCUGUGAUACGCGCCGACAUCAAGUCGAUUGUUUCCAUUCUGGCCAAUUGCCCAGCGGAGGUGACCAACGCCAACGUGAGCGCCCGGGAUGUGCGCACGCCGCUGCUCCUGGCCUGUGCCAUAGGCAACCUGGCCAUUGCACAGCUUCUGAUAUGGUACGGGGCCAACAUUAAGCACACGGACCACGAGGGUCGUACGUGCCUGGCCUAUGCCCGGGCUGCCCAAUCGCUCGCCACGGCCAAGUCGAUGAAGGCCGCAGCGGCUGCGCAAGCGGGCACAACUGUACCCGCACCUGCUCCACCCGCCAACGGCGGAAUACCGGCUCCACAAUACAAUGUCGAGGACACGACGGCACUGGUGGAGCUGUUGGAGGGACUGGGCUGCCCCGAGGCGGCUCCACUGACCGCCAGCGGCACGCUGCCGCGCAGACGCGACACCCUGGGCACGCCUUACGAGAAGUCCGUGUCGGGUGUUAUCUAAAAUAGUUAAAUUUACAAUAAGCUAACCGCGGAUGUCUGAUGUACGAGGACGCUGACGAGGAUGUAAUGGAAUUAGUUGAAAUUCGAGAGGGAAAUUUGUAUAGCGAUUAGAGCAUAGGUUUUUAGGAAUGUUGUGCAAAUGUAAAUGUUUUAUUAUUAUUAUUAUAAUUAUUAUUAUUUUGGCAAGCGUUGAAUGGAAAUUCGGCAGUUAUAUCGAUGUUUUCAGUUCGUUUAGUUCCUAAGUCGUCCCAAAAGCCUGUACAGUCGUCUUGUUGUAAUCUCAAGUUUAUAAUUUAUUAUUUUCGUAUUACGUACCGCAAUUACUGCUAUUAUUGCACCUUAUUAUUAUGAUUAUUAUUGUUUUAUCGUGUGCAGGUUUUUUAUGUCGUUUGCAAAACAACUAAUUAUGUAGUAAUAUUAUUUUUUAACUCUCGAUUACCAGCAGAUCAGCAGAUUGCAGAAAGACUUCAGAAACAUCCAUACACUAUAUACAUACAAACAUACAUACAUACAUACACCUCUAACAAUAGGAACAGUAGGAGAGCUGAUGCUGAUGCAAAAAAUAUACGUAUAAACAAAAUGAAUCUAAGAUUAAAGCCAAAAACAAACUUAUGCUAUACAAUAUACACAACCACACACAUACACACUUAUACAUUAUACGAGUGUAUGUACACUCAUAGUUGAAAUUGCUUGAUAAUCGGUUACCACAAAUCAACACGCCUAAACCUAAACCCAAACAUGUACUACUUAUGUAGCUUAUGCUGAACCAAACUCACAAACAAACAAAACAAACAAAUUCGUAGCUAUGGAAAAUCCAACAAAAACUGAAUAUUGAAAGCACGUUUAACGGAUUGUACUAGAGAAAUUACCAUCACGAUGGUGUCAAAUCUAUCUGGACAACAAAUUAAACUGAAAGUAUUUGAAACCAAUUAUACAAAAUAGUUAUAAAUCAAUCAAUAUAUUACUAUAUGUAUACACCCUCGGUAUAUUGUGUACGCUAUUUGUACGAACUACAAACCACAAAACGUGACAAACUCAAUCUAAUUGGAAGGAAAAGCAGCACACAAAACCACAAAAACAAAAAACAACAAAAGAAGAAGAAAACCCUUUAAAUAAAAA